AUGCCGCUCCCCCUAUCCGCCGACAAAAUCGCCUCCUACGCCAUCCGCGGCCCCAACCCCUCGCCAAUCUCCCUAGCCAUCGAACACAGCCAAGCCGUCCACCGCAUCGACCUCAUCAACGCCUGGGCCCCCGCCAUCGGGCCCGGCACCCGCGUCCUCGAGCUCGGCUGCGGCCAAGGCACCUGCACGCAGGCCCUCGCCGAAGCCGUAUCCUCCUCAAACCCCCCCACAACCCCCAACGGGCACAUCACCGCCAUCGACCCCGGCGCCCCCGACUACGGCGCGCCCUUCACACUCGCCCAAGCCCAAGCCCACCUCUCCACGGGCCCCCUCCGCGGACUGCUCACCUUCCACCGCGCGGACCCGCUCACCUUCCUGGCCGCCCACCCCCACGUAACAUGGGACGUGGCCGUGCUGGCGCACUGCAUCUGGUAUUUUCGGUCCCCGGAGACGCUGGGCGAGAUCCUCGCCGCGCUGCGCGGGCGCGUCGCGCGUGUGUGUCUGGCUGAGUGGGCGCUGCAUGCCACGGAGCCGGCCGCCGCCGCGCAUGUGCUGGCUGCGUUGGCGAGGGCGGGGUUGGAGGCGCAGAGGAGGGGGGGGAGCGAUGAGAAUAUUCAGAUGGUGGUGGGGCCGGGGUGGGUGAAGGGGGUUGUGGCGGGGGCUGGGAGAGGUCCUUCGUGGUUGGCCCAAUUCGUGGCCCCCCACGGAUGGGAAGAGCCGCAUUCAUCUCCCCACGCCUUCAGGGUGCCAUUGUUGUUGAUCAUCGGCGGAACGAGUUUUCUAGAAGCCACGGGAGAAACAAGAUUGCAACCUGGGUCCACCAUGAUUAGAUUGGAGGUAGGACGGAGUACCAAGGAGCCAGGUCACUUCAGUGCAGUGAACGACCACGGGACCCAGCUCUUGGCCGAGGAGCAGCUGAAUGAUGUCUCCGGACUCGACAGUCACCAGAUUGGCAUCGCACAGCGCCUCAGUCAUGGUGGCCGCGUUGGUGGCCAGGAAGUCGUCCAGUUUAUCGCCCUUCCCCAAGGCAUCCUUGGUCAGGAGGUAGUCAAACUCCCAGAGCUCAGCAUCGAUGAGGGAACUCCCCUCAUUUGCCAACCAGGUAAUCUUUUUCUCGGUCUUCCUGAAGUCCCCCUCCAGGUGCAGUUCGAGCUGCAAGCCCGCCACAACAGCGCCGUCCCGUGUUAUCUCUCGAACCAUGGCAUUCCCCCAAGUCAUUAG